CCUUUACGAUAUAACACCCGAAUAUAUAAAAGGGGGGAGAUGUAUGCUCGGUAAGAAACACACUCAAAACAUAAAAUUUAAAAAUGGAUAAGAGAGAAUAUAUGUUUUCAGUUUUAGUACUGUUCCUGAUCGGUACCGUUGGUGCGGGGGUUCCUGCUGGAGGUCGACCGUUCGAUGACAACUAUGUUGUUACGUGGGGAAAUGUCUUGAAACUCAACCAAGGGAGAGAAGUCCAGCUCUCCAUGGACAAAUCUUCAGGUGCUGGUUUUCAGUCUAAACACAAGUUCGGAUCAGGAUUCUUUCAAAUGAGAAUCAAGUUGCCUCCAAAAGAUACUGCUGGAGUUGUGACAGCUUUUUAUUUGACUUCGAAGGGAGAUACCCAGGACGAGCUAGACUUCGAGUUCCUUGGGGCUAGAGAAGGAAAACCGAUACAAAUUCAAACAAAUGUUUUUAUCAAUGGUCAAGGAAAUAGAGAACAGAAGUUUGUUCUUUGGUUCGAUCCAUCCGCAGAUUUUCACACUUAUGGGAUUCUCUGGAAUCCGUAUCAAAUUGCGUUUUACGUGGACAAUGUUCCAAUACGAAUAUUCAAAAAUAACAAAAGAUAUGGCGUAGGCUAUCCAUCAAAGCCGAUGACAUUGGUAGUUAGUCUGUGGAACGGCGAGGCAUGGGCAACAGAAGGUGGUAAGGCCAAAAUUAAUUGGUCAUAUGCUCCUUUUAAAGCCAAUUUUGAAAGGUUUUCUGAUUCUGGUUGUCACGCGGAUGGUCGGACCAUCAACGCAAAAGUAUGUGGUUCAACAACCUACUGGUGGAAUACGAACCAAUAUAGUAGGUUAAGUGCAAAUGAAACUACGGCAUUCAAGAAUGUGAGAGCGAAGUAUAUGACGUACGAUUAUUGUUCUGAUCAUCCUAGGUAUCCUGUUCCUCCUACGGAAUGUCGAUUGAAUCAAUGAUGGGUAUCUAAAAAGAUUAUUAGAGAAAAGUAUCACAAGUGCUUGCUUUCAAAUAUAUCUUUAGAAUUUAAGAAUGCUAUUUUACUAUUAUAUGAUAAUUAUUUUACAGAGACAACUCACAUAUUCUUGAUCAAAGUGAAGUCCUUAGACGUGUAACGUUUUCUAAUUCUUGCCAAAAAAAAACGUAUCAAAAUUCACUUGCAACGUUUUAUUCUUGCCAAGAACGUAUCAAAACUCACUCCUACUCUACACAAUGUUUAACCAGUUUUCUUUGCUAAGAAUGUUAAUAUCCUAUUAAUGAUUGUUAAGUUACAGCAUGUGUAAUCUAAUGUCUACUCUAGAAUGGUAAAAAAGUUAAAAACAAGCUAGAGUAAAUAGAGGUAAUUAAUAAACACAGAUGAUUAAGUGAUCCAAAGAGACAUAAGAGAGCCUAAAUGCUUCGUAUGUCUCUUGGAAAUCUUCUUGUCCAGCACUUCUCAGUAGAUGAGGGGAGCGGUUUCAUAUGUGGUAGACCGUUGCAUUAUCUGCUAGUUUCCUUAGGAUUGAGGGACAUACCAUAGAGAAGUUUGGAUUCAAGAGAGCAGCUCGGUCCAGUUGUGGAAAAGUCAGGCUAGACGGUUAAGGCGAGAGAGUGACAUGCUCCAACUUCCUGGCUGUAAUCACAGGUGAGCAGAAAAUGGUCCUUAGUCUCAGCAUCGGUGGAGCAGAUGCAACAAGAGGGUGAAACUUGGAUGCCCCAAGAUGCAAGGCGCACUCUGGUCGUAUACGAUCAACAUUUUGCACCCACAUUGUGAAUAAAUAUUUUGGAACUUGAUCCUUUGAACCAGAUAGUAUCAGCCCACUGUUUUGAUGUUGCUUGGUCUUAAAGCUUCCCACGUGAGAGCUGAGGAGAAUGUAGUAGACAUACUUUAACCAGCAAAACGAUGACUAUAAACCAAGUUGCUUUGGUCUAGUGGUAUAGGAGCUCCAGCUGGAGUGUCCGCCCCUGGGUUCGAGCCUUGGCCACUGCAGAAUUUACAUAUGGGCUGCAGCAUCCGAGACCGAAGACCGUUACACGGUGAGCCACAUGGUGACGCCCUGGCAGCGUCCUUGCUCACUUCGGUCUCUAGUCUGGACCACCUCGGUGGGGCCAGGAUACUCGGUUAGCAAAAAAAAAAAAAAAAAAAAAAAAAAAAAAAAAAAAACGAUGACUAUAAUAUUUGGUAAAUAGUGCGUAAUAGUAUAGUAUUAUAAUUAUGGACACAGUAUAGUCUAUUACAACAUUCUUCCUCUAUUAAUAUGCAUCAGGUGUUUUAUACUAUUUCGUUAACAAAUAUAGUAUUAGUUUCCCAUCGUGUCAAGGUGUCAAGCGCACAGACACCUCGGAAAAAAAAAUCUUGUCUAGUUUUGUGCGAAAUUGUUAUAUCCUUGGAGAACUUUUGGUUUGUCAAUUUUAGUUCUCCCUGUUGUCAUUAUAAAAAUUCAAUACUCAUUCAUUUUCUUAUAAACUAAUAUUAUAAGUUAUAAAACUUCAAAUUCAUGUUGGUAACUAAUGUAUUAAAUUAUGUUAUCUUGUUUCAUAGUUUUAUUUAUGAAAUAUAGAUUUUGGAUCAAAAUAUUUUCUAAAGUAAUAAUUAAAUUAAUAAACUUAGAUUUGAAAUUAAACACUUACUAUAUUUGAACUGAAAAAAAUCAGCGACACUGAAAAGAAAUUCAAUGACACUGAAAAGAUUAUAAACAAUCACAACCCAUAAAACAACAACAAAAUAGUAAUAGUUUUUCUUCAAAAAAAUAACAAUAACCAAGGGGUGUUCAAUCCGGUAAAAAUUAACCAUUUAAAACCGACCAGUCCAAAAAAAAAAAAAGUUUAGAUUUAGUAGUACCGAAUAAACAGAAUAUAUGUUAUUGUUAACAAACCGCAUUAUAGGGAUAUAGUUUACUAUAUUGACCGAUCCAACUGAAUAAACGGGAGAAAUCGAUUAAUUAAUAUAUUAGUAUAAUUAUAUAUAAAUUUUAUAAUAAUUUGUAUUUGGAUCAGUAUUUCUAAUAAAAAUAAAAGAAAUUGGCUAUAGUAUUAGCCACUAAAAUCAUAAGAUAAACGUAAUUAUGAUAUUAUCAGCAGAUAUUGUUAAUAUCUAUUAUUAGUUAAAUAUUCAAAAUAUCAUGAUAUUACAUAUUAACAAUAUCAUGAUAAUUAAACUAAUAAAUUAUUUUAAAAUCAUGGAGAAGAUGUCAAGUAAUCAAAUUUAUUAAAAUCACAUAGAAGAUGAUGAGUAAGCAAAUUGAUUUAUCCAAAAAUCAUG